AUGCAAACUGACUCGAAGAGCUUCGAUGAUUUUAUGCGCUUUGCAUCAAAUGUGCCGAACCUGGCAGAUGAAGAUCGGGCUCUCGUCGUGUCGCUCUUGAAGCGCAUGCAGCGGAAUUUCCCCGAAUUGAGCGAGCCGCACGACGUGAUGCGAUGUGUUGGCACCACUCCCACUCAAACCCACGCGGAAAAGUCCGUCAUCUUCGUUCGUCUUCCUUACUAUUCAGCCCAGAGAAUGGAUGCAGCCCGAUCUUUCAAGUCCGCCUAUUCGACUCGCAGCCUCCUGCAGUAUUUCUACAACUUGGAGUCUACCCGGCAACGUGACCUACAGCAAGUAAUUCGAAAAUCAGGUGUCUUCCCAAAGGACCAUAUUGUUCAUGUCUCAGAAUUGUGGGCAGUGAUCGUCAAUUUCCGUCUUGCACCAAUUCCUCUUAUGGAUGGAGCGAGCCCAUCUUUGGAGAUCGUGAGCCCGCCAACGAUCCAGUCAUUGUCACCUUCUAAUAUCUGUGUCAUCAACCCCGACCAGCGUGUUUUCUUCUUUCCUGUGGAGCACUGCAAGACAUUCUUUGCAAUGAGAGACAGGAUCCUCAGAUAUUGCCUACCGCAGAUCAAAGGCCGCAGGUAUGAACUUCGUCCGUAUGAGCCUACCCGUGGCUAUGAGCCUCGUGGCUAUGAGCCUCGUAGCUAUGAGCCUCCUCGCGCGUACGAGCCUCUCCGUGCGUAUGAGGCUCACGGAUAUCAGACUUCCCAUUCGUAUGUGCCUCGUGGCUAUGAGGCUCCUCAUACGUAUGAAUCUCGUGCGUAUGAGUCCCCUCGCGCAUAUGGGCCCCCCGGUGGCUAUGAGCCCCCUCGUGCGUAUGAGACUCAUGGCUAUGAACCCCGUAGCUAUGAGGCUCCUCGUACGUAUGAACCUCGUGCGUAUGAACCUCGUGCGUAUGAGCCCCCUCGUGCAUACGGGCCCCCCAGUGGCUAUGAGGCUCCUCGUGCGUAUGAACGUCAUCCUCGUGGGUAUACAAGCCAUGAGUACGGAGGCCGUGGGUAUGAAGGUGACAGCUAUAAAGGCUAUGAGCAUGAAGAUCGCCAUGAUUUCAAAAUGUUCACCGAGGACAAGGUUCCGAUCAGAGAAGAGGAUUGGGCCAAAUUAGUAGCCUCAUGCACAUCGACCCUUCUUCGCAUUCACAUCGAGACCUCUAUACCGGGGAGCUCAGAGGAACACCGACGUAAAGAGGAAAAAAGCAAAAAGCGGACAAAGCCAGUAUUCUUCGAGGAAUCUUCUGAAGCGGGGGGGUAUGACCAGAACCCAUCUGAGGCAGAUAAACCAGCUCAAUUUGAGAAAAGUCAUCAUCCACUGGAAACCGAUGAACAGAUUCAACCAGGGAUAGAUGAAGAUGAACGAGGUCCAUACGAGGCGAGUGAACUCCCCGACGAUUCGCAAUCGGACUGGGGUUAUCAAGAUAGGAAUCCGACCCUGGAUGAACGGCGCUAUACUGGAGCAAGGAAUCGUUUACGGCGGCACACCAGUGUGCGAUCUCUCUCACCUCCCCCCGGCGUGGUAAUCAAUCAAAGACCUCCAGGUGACAGCAAGUCGCCCACUCAUUCGAAUAUUUACUUUGGACCAACCACAAAGGCAGCACAUGCGGAAGGGGAGACCUAUCAUAGUCACAGUUCCACGCCACCCGAAUGCUUACCCGGAAACUCAUCUGCCUCCCAGAACUCUUCCCCUGCUCGUCGAUCCGCCAUCAACUUGGAAUUUCCGCCAGUCUUUACCUGGCAGACAAGAAAAAAACCGUCAAAGGAAGAGAGCACGAUCUCAAAAUCAAACACAUCUCCCGAUAACCCCAGCCCAGAUCACCUGAAUUCGAAUAUUCAGCCUCUAAACAAGCCCAUCGAGAUUUCGAAUGUUGAUGAAGAAACCAUAAAACACGUCUCGGCGCACAUUCAUAGCGAGCUUCUCGCGCCUAUCGAUGGGUAUGGGUGGCGAAUUUACAAAUAUGCGACGACAAAGUCCUAUUUUGACGUGGAUCAGGCUAUCACAGAAAGAUAUGCCAUGUCUCUUCCGAAGUUGAUCGCAGAACAUCCUAAGGAUGUCUCAGACUUAGCCUCACCAGAAGCGGCGGCCUUGAAAGAUGUUGUCAUUCGGCUUUGUCGACUAUUCAACUUCUUCGCGCCACUUUCAUAUCCAUGCGCUGUUAGCGGCAAGUUCUGGGGAGCAGUUCACGAUCUUCUCACCACAAUACCCAAAUAUUGGGACUCAUCCCUUAUGCAUGAACUGGCCAACCGAACGGGCCAUCAGCGGAUCCCACGGACCUUCCUUAUAGACAUUGACAUCACUGAUUACGCUGACAUUAAAGACGAUGAUAAUCUAGAGAAAAUUAUUUUCAGCAUCCGGAGGUGCUCGAAAUGCAUUGCAUCCCGUCAAUACUCUACUCGGACAGAAGCCAUCGACCAUCUGUUUACGCACGUUCACGCAGCCUGUCCAGGACAACAAUCAGUGAACAGCUCACAAUCACGAUGGGUGAUGAGCUUUGAAGAGAACAUGACGUACAUAUGUCGGAAAGACCACCGAACAAUAAUUGGGAAGUUACAGCCCUUUUUGACAAGCCUGGAAAAAAUGGCAGCUCAGAUCCAGCACGGGGUGUCAGCCAAUGGAGAGUUUGACUGGGACACAUACCGUAUCCCGUCGAGUUUGGUCGAUGCCUUUCAAGAUCUCCUGAUGAUGGUCGUGUCCAGUGCGCAUCUAGUGAAGAGUUCUCAUGAGAAGCGAGAAAUGUAUACAGGCCCUGAACCUGCAUCGACCUUCUUAAUAUCAUCAGAGAUGGUGCGUGGGGUCACGCAUGUCGGAGCAGAGGCAGAGACUUCUAUGGAAAACGCCAUGAGAGACAUUGUAUUGAUGACCUAUACCGACGAGGUAUCCGAUGUCGUGACUUACGAAGCCGUGAGUCCAGGAUUAGUUCUCGCACUUAUUAUAGGGGACAUCCGCUGCAGAGACUCGCAAAACAAUCCGGUCAACUUGCUUGAGAUCUAUCGUGACCACGUCCGCAACCUACAAUUCAAAGCGAGUCAAAAUCCCCAUCGACGCCUACUACAGGAAAUCUAUCUUGUCCGUGAGGAGCUAGAAAUAAUCCAGAAGGCAUCCGAGAGGCAGCGCCUUGUCCUCACAAACUACCUGAACGUCAUAAACCCGCAUUCUUUCCGCGUCACCACCGAGUCCCGGAUCUCCUCGUUCGAGCUCGAGAACGUGCAGCUAAGUAAACUCAUCAACCAGCUCAACGCCGAACUUGGAGCAAUCUCACUCCUCAACAUAAAGCUUGACUCAUUGGCCAACCAGACACGCAGCGGCGUAGACGUACGGCAGGAAGACCAAGGAAAGGCGAUCCUUGUAUUCACCAUUGUGACUGUGGUGUUUAUGCCGUUAUCAUUUGUGACCAGCUAUUUUGGCAUGAACACCAAUGACAUCCGCGACAUGGACAGCUCGCAGACACUGUUCUGGGCUAUUUCCGCUCCACUGACUGUGGGAAUUAUCACGGUCGUCUUGGUGGUUGCGUUUCAAGCGGAUCGGAUUAGAGAGGCUUUCGACGCUUUUUGGGCGUAUGAUUCCGCGCUAGGGGCUAAACCUAGUUCGGCUGUUGUGCAUGGGAAAGGGAAGAAGUCUCAUACUGAAAAGCUUUCUGGAUUGUCGCCCCCGAAAAAUUGGGUUGCAACUGGCUGGUCUGCUGGAAGGAAGACUGAACUGAACGAGUCAAUGAACGUUUAG